AUGGUCAAACAGCAAACGAAAACGACAGGGAGGAGGGACAAUGAUAGCAACUCGGACGAUUCAGACGUGAGUACGACGCUUUCCGAUGCCGAAGAAAGGAAACAGGCCAGGAGACAAAAUAUCGGCCGCCGGGCUCAUUUGGUCGAGUUCGAGCAAGAGGAAAUCAGGCGGAAACAGCUUGAAAAACUGAUUGUGCCCAACGCGGUCACCGUGCAAAUAGAAACCAGCGAGUUCGAAUUGGCCCAAAUAAUUGAAGAAGCCCAUGCUGUGAUUGGCGAAAAACGUUUGGAAGUCGACAACGCAGAGAGUGUGCGCAAGUGGACCGACGAAAACGCCAACAGAGAACGCUGGGACACGGUUAAAGCGGCUGUGGAUAAAAUCAACAAAGCCUACAAGACUGUCGACGACCAAUUCGAAGCUAUCAGCAAAAAGAACGACGUGGUCGUUAUCCACGAGGAUAUCGAAACGAUCAGAGAACAAGGCGCCAAGCUGUUGAGACAAAAAGAUGAAAUAAUCGGCGCGUUGAUGCGAGAAAUAGACGAUACAAUGUCCAAGACUCUUCGCGAGAAAAGUUCACAAAGCGACGACCUGGAGAGGCUGUACAAGAUUGCCAACGAUCACAUGGCAGACAUUAAAAACGCUCACGCCGAGCACCUGUCGCUCAUCGAACAACUGAUGUACGAGGAAAUGGAGAAGAAACAAACGAACAAUACCACAGCCUGGCAAUCGGUGUACGAGCGAAUCGUCGAAGACCAUUCCAACGCAAUGGACGUACGCUUAAAGGUCAUCGAAGACAAAGAGAAAAAACUAAUGGACCAGUUCGAAGAAAACGAAGAGAAAGCGAAAAACGUUCGGAUUAACGUGACCAAGGAAACUGACGAGAGUGUUCGCGAAUUGGAGUUUGUAAAAAUGAAGUGCUUCGAAAAUGCCGAAAAACUUCAAUACAACUACGACGUCCUAAGGAAAAGAACUGACGAAAACGCAACGGCUUUGGCUACCCGAAAGAGACGGAUCAACGCAAUGCGACAAACCGUGUACGAUCUGAAGACCAAGCUAAGAGAAAACGACAAGCAAUAUUUAGCCCGGAUUCCGAUUUUGAAAGAAGAGAUUGUCAAGGUGAACGCGGAAAUCGACAGACUCGAGAAGAAAGCGGAUCUUAUCGCCAAACUCGAAGCCAGGAAAUUCAAAGAGGGUUGGGCGCUGGAACAAACGCGCAUAAUCGAAAUUAUCCAACAGAUUCACAAUACCGACCGAAUCAUACACGAAGAGUACUUGGGCGUGCCGCACAUUGCUUUGUUUGAACUUCCCAGCGUGAACGACUUGCCGUCUUACAAGCAAAUGGUCGACUCGAUAAUGUCUUCAGGUCCACCGUCCAACGACGGUAAUAAAAACGCCCACAGCGAGUACGCAAAAGCCAGGAUCAAAGCUCUGAUGAGGUUGAUUUUGGACUUGACGGUGAAGGAGUCGAGGUUGACGGUCGACGACCAUCUGGUCGGAAUUUUCUGGCCUUAUCGCAUGAAAAACUUACCUCUCAUCUACAACAUGAUGAAAACUCUGGGUCUGAACAAGACUGACACGUGGGAUCUGAUCGUAUCCAAUUUUAAGCCACUUGUAUACUGUGAGGUUUGCGGCACGCCUGUGGCAUGGUCUGAAAUCGAGACUAAAGCCGACGAAGAAACCGUUUGUUUUGACGGUUUGACCAACCAUCGAGUUGAUGUAUGCAAGUCCAUAGACCAUUUGAUGAACCAACUGUUGGCUUUCACCGACGACCACGUGAACCGUUUGAACGUUGGACUGAAAACGUCCUUUGGUGAAAUGCACGAAGACACAAAAGACGUGCACCACGUGUCAGGUGCAGAUAAUCUUACGGCGACCGUACGAGAUCGUCCAGACGUGUUGUGCACAAACUUGGUCCACAAAAUCACUAUGGACGAGAACGGUUAUUUGAGAGUUAUGAAAAAAAUUAUAGAACAAUCCAAACCCAAAGCCAAGAACGUGCCACAAUCGUUGAACCAGAGAAUCGACAAGCAAUACGAUUAUUUUAUGUGGACGGUAAACGAAGACGAUAUGCGAUCCUUUUGGUUGAAAUUCGUUAAGUCUAUUCCGCCCAAUCGAAUGGACUUUUGGGACACAAUCAACAUGGCCUUGCGGCAUUAUUACAACGCGUUAAUAGAACAAAAAAAACAAAUGUCGAAAGCAGAAAAAGCGAAAACCGAAAAUUUUGAUUUGAGAAGUACAUUACACAGAUUAGAGCUUCAAAAAAAUACAAACGGUGGAUUUAAGACAUGUACUAACGUCGACUGUUCAACCGUUCAAGUGCUUUCUUUGGUCAAUUUAAAGUCUGAGUGA